AUGAGGAUCCACUUAAUCCGACAGGAAAGGAUAAUCCAAACAGGAAUCCACAAGACCGACAAGGUAGAUUACUUGGGUCAGAGUUCACUCAAUCCGACAGGAGAGAAACGUUCCAACAGGAAUCCACCAGACCAACAGGGCAGAGAAAUCCGGGCGAGAGCUCACCUCAUCCGACAGGAGAGACAUGCCCCAACAGGAAUCCACCAGACCAACAGGGCAGAGAAAUCUGGGAAAUCCAUAGAACGAAAUCCCUCUAGCCGUCCGACCGAUCAGGGAGAACAAGAGAUCCAUGCAGCGAGUCCGACACUGCAGGCAGACAAGAAGACACCACGUGGCAAACACAGCUCUGGAGCCUGGACGAAAAAGAGUUUGAUCAACAAGCACAGAGAAGAACUCUCUAAAAAAGUAGGAAAGGGGCAAGCACAAAAUCAAUGGAUAAAAGACCACCUGACAGAGUAUGCAGAGAGCUUUCCAGAAGUGUCAAUCGACCUGGAAGCCAACAUCCACCGAUGUGUUUAUGGACAGAAAGGGUUCGAGAGCCAUAGCUUCCAGGAGAUGUGGGAGCUCUACAGCCAGUAUUCUGCACAGAAGGACAGGCCAGAUGAUUUUGGUACGAGUCAGAGGGAAAUGAUACAGAAGGCAUACAGCUCUGUUAGCCGGUGGCUAAAUACACCUAUAACCCACAUCACCAGUGUGCAGAUGAAAAGAUUUAGAAAAUGCAUUUAUGACAAGAAGACUCAAAAGUCAAGCUCUUCCAUCAGUGACCCCUCAUGGCUGGAUGAUACCCACUUGUUCGAGGUGAUCAAAUCUGAGCCCAUGGCUUCCACAGUUGUGGACUCACAAAAGUGAACUUUGUUUUGCUGUUGUGAAAUAGGAACACUGUUGUGUCGUUUUUAUUUCAUGUAACUGCAGUUUAUACUCACUAUUGUUUAUUUUAUAUAGUUUAUAUGUCAUGUAACAAUGUGACAAUUCGUGUAUCUGCUGUUUUAUUUUUAAAAGCAACACUAUAUAGGAUAUUGUUUAUAUUGCCUUUUAUAUAUAUUUUCUAUGUCACGUAACUAUUUUAUACUUGAUGUAACUGUGAUGCUUG